AGGCGCCCAAGAGCUCCGGGAGACCGAGACGGCCGCAGCCUUUAGGCAGCUUGCUUUCCUGGCUCUGGGGGAGGGCGCAGCCGGCAAGUCCCAGAGCAGCGGUGUCUGGCUCUCCACGAAGGAGGGACUGGGCCAGAGUCCUCGCGAGAGCCCGCGGCGUGGUCCCCUGAGCUGGGCCGGAGCGCGGGCCGCUGACUGUCUGGUGAGGCUCGGUGCAUCCAAGGGGAGCCGCCCUCCGUGCGGGGCGACCUGGUCUGCGCGGCGGGCGUGCCAGUUCCCCGCACCCAUGUCAGCGGCCAGAGAGCCGGAGUUGCCGCAGGAAGCCCCCACCACGGAACCCGCGCCCCCGCCGGCCUGCCGCUUUUUCCUGGAAGGCCGCUGCCGCUUCGGCGCCCGCUGCCGCCAGCCCCACCCUGGGGCGCCGGCGCCGCCUGGCGGCGAGGCGCAGCCGGAGGCCGGGGCCAAGAAGCCGCCGCUGCGCACAGCCGCGGACGUCAUCCAGCGCAUCCGCUGGGACCCGCGCCUCGACCCCGCCGACUUCUCGGUGGGCUACGUCGACCGCUUUCUGGGCGUGCGCGAGGAGCCCUUCAGCGCCUUUUGCUGGGACCAGCCGCUGGCGGCGCUCGGGCCGGGCGUGCUGGCAGUGCCCCAGCACCGCGUACGCUUCUUCCGCUUCCGCGGCCGCCUUGUGUGGGACCGCGCCUCGCGCACCGACCUCGUCUUUGGCUCUGGCUCGGCGGCGGGACGCGGGCCCACCAUCCUGGACGCACCGAACACCGAGGGCGCCCACAGGGCGGAGGAUGCCGAGUGGACACUGGCGGGGACAGGUCAGGAGGCCCAGGCUGCCCCCAAGCGAGAGAGCACAAGGCCGCUCUGCACAGGGCACCAGGAACCAGGCGUGGAGGAACCCGGAGAGCUGGAGGCGGCCCAGGAGAGGGCGCUGGGCACAGCUGCUGUGACUGAGGGGGCACUGAAGCCAACAGCAGCCGCCAGGACCACAUUGCUGGGGGGCAAGGAAGCACAGGCCCUGGGAGUCCCGGGGGGCUCCGCUGAGACAGAAGCCAAGUGGGGUCCUGGGGCCUGGCCCGAGGACAAAGGGGCCCGCCUUAGUAUUGCAGCGCCUUGCCAACCGCGCCCCACACAUUUUGUGGCCCUCAUGGUGACCGAGACUGGGCUACAAGCAGAAGUGACCAAGGCCCAGGAAUACCUGGUCCACGUGGCCCCACACUGCGCCAACUUCCUAGUGCCCACCCAGAACCUACACCUGACCCUGGCCCUGCUGCGACUGGCAGGCGCUGGGGAGGAGGCGGCUGCCAUCGGAGCUCUGAGACGGGCCCUCUUGGCCCCGGGGCUAAAUGCACCCCCUCGGCUGAGCUUUAGGAAGCUGGUCCUCCUGGGCCCGCAUGUGCUCUGUGCCCCACCCUCUCCCACACUGGAUGGCAUGGCACAAGUGCUGAGCCAGAGGCUGGAAGCCGAGGGGCUGAGUACGCUACAGUCUCCAGGGCAGCUGCACCCCCACCUCACCGUGGCCAAGGUGCCCCAUGGUUCCCAGGUGCACCUCCCCAAGCUGGAGUUCACCCUCAGCCAGGAAGUGGGGUGCCAGCCCCUGCAGACACUCUGGCUGUGCCGUAUAGGGAGGACAGGGGGGCCUUUCCAGCCCCUGGCUGAGAUCCCCCUGGAGUGACACCCCCAGACCUCUGAAGGAGACAAUGGAUGCAAACAGCCCACACAGGAAAGACAAAGCGGGAGCGUGCGCACUCUCUCUCUCUCUCUCUCUCUUUAAUUUUGGUUUCUCUCAAGCUUCCAAAUGGUGCUCAGUGCUCCAAGGAAAGGAAGGAAGGAAGGAAAGGGAGGGGAGAGGAGGGGAAGGGGAGGCAGAGGAGGAACAUCUGGAAAAAAAGCAGCCUGACAGUCCAGCUGUUUGCAAACUCAUAGCACAUCCUCCAGUUACAUGGCAGAAGAGGGAGGGAGGGAGGGCCAAAAAGAAAAGGGAGAGGAGGAAGAAAAGUAACUUAAAUAAACACACACACAAAGAAAA